CAGACAGACAGGUCCACAGACAGACAGAUAGGUCCUCAGAGAGACACAUUCCUUCACAGCUGCAGUCUGUCACUCAGCCUCAGGCCCGCCCCUCCUCUGGUGAUGGACAGCUCGGCAGCCAAUCACAGGCCGGUAAGGGGGCGGGGCCUUUCUGAGGUGAAACCUGAUCUGCUUUUGUCUAAGAAAGUUUUUGUGUCGCUGCUCAGUUAGAGGAGAAACUCCGGACCGGGACUCUGGGAAUACUGGGACACUGCGGGACCUGCCGGACUACCUGUCUCUCUACCUGUCUCUCUACUUGUCCCUCUACUUGUCCCUGUCCCUGUCUGUCCCCGGGUGUCUCUGUCUCCGCCCGUCUGUUUUGGGGGAUCCGCUCCUCCACCGACUCCUCUCCGCCGCUCAGACCGCCUCCCACUGCUCCUGGCCCGGCCCGGGACCGAGCCGCGCCCCGCUGGACCCGGAGGAGUAGGAGAAGGGAGGGAUGGAGGGAUGAGAGGAGGAGAGGAGGUCCGGAGGUCCGGAGGAGCAGUAUAGGAGCCGGGAGGAGCGGAGCCGCUCGAGGAUAGGGGCCGAGGAGGACCGGGAGCCCUAGGGGGACCGGGGAACACUUUUAGUCUUUUUCUCCUCUUUCCCGGCGUCCAUCUUGGAAACUUUCCUCCUUAUUCUCAAAAACAACAAAACUUUGUUUCUGGCUCCGAUGAAGCACGCCAGCUGACGUCAGUGAUCAGUGAUCGAUAGGAGUGAUCGGGUCCGGAUGGAGGGUCGCAGGGCCGCGGCCCGGGCCCCGGGUCUGGCCCGGGACCGGGCUCCGUGCCGCCGGGCCUCCUGCCGCCGCGGGCCGCUGCUCCUCCUCCCGCUGCUGCUGCUGAGCUUCGCCGCGGCGGACGAAGAGGUGCUGGUGAACACGAGGCUGGAGACGUCUGACCUCCGGUGGACGAACCAUCCGGCGGACGAUCCUCAGUGGGAGGAGGCGAGCGGCAUUGAUGACGAGGGGAACAGCGUGCGCACCUAUGAGAUUUGCACGCCCAACAGCCCGGCCUCCUACUGGCUGAGGACACGCUGGAUCCCCCGCCGGGAAGCGACCACGCUCUACGUCGAGAUCCGGUUCACCAUGAUGGAGUGUUCCAGUCUGAACCAGCGUCCCUGUAAAGAAACCUUCAACCUGUACUACUACCAGAGCGACAGCGAUGAGGCCACGCCCACUCACCCAGCGUGGAUGGAGAACCCGUACACCAAGGUGACCACGGUGGCGGCCGACCAUCUGUUGCGGCGCGGUGGCGAGCAGCGUUCCAACGUCAAGCUGCUGCGCCUGGAUGCGCUGCGGGGAGCGGGCCUCUACCUCGCCUUCCAGAGCCAGGGCGCCUGCAUGGCGCUGCUCGCCGUGCGCGUCUUCUACAGAAAGUGCCCGCCCCUCCGCCGCGCCUUUGCCUCUUUCCCGGAAACCGUCCCACACUCAUUGGUGGAGCAGGCUCAGGGCGUGUGCGUGGAGAACGCCGUGACUCCGCUCGGCGAGCAGUCUGGACCUCCCAGCAUGCUUUGCGCCGAGGACGGGCUGUGGGUGGGGCAGCCGACCUCCAACUGCGCCUGUCGCCCUGGAUACGAGGCGGGCGAGAGCGACGUGCACUGUCGAGCGUGUCCAUCAGGUCAGUUCAAGGCGGGUUCUGGACCCGGAGUGUGCGGUCCCUGUCCCAUCAGGAGCAACACCCUGAUCCCAGGCUCCGCCUACUGCCCCUGUUCCCACGGUUACUACCGCGCUGACUCCGACCCACCCCACGCCGCCUGCACACGCCCCCCCUCUGCCCCCCGCUCCAUCAUCUGUCAGGUCAACGAGUCCUCUGCUAGUCUGGAGUGGAGCGAGCCGCUGGAUCGAGGAGGCAGGGGAGACCUGAACUACCGAGUCCUCUGCUCCGCCUGCGGGACCACCACCGCCAAGGGAUUGGUCGGUUCCUGUUCCCCGUGUGAUGAUGGCGUGCUGUACCGGCCGGCCCAGCGUGGUCUGACUCAUCGCCGUGUGACUGUGUGGGGGCUCCGCCCACACACCAGGUACACCUUCACCGUCCAAUCACUGAACGGCGUGUCCGCUGUGAGCCAAUCAGAGCCGGCCUCCAGCAGAGUGAACGUCACCACCAGCACAGACGUUGCUCCUCCUAUCUCCGGUCUGAGGAGGGCGGCGGCCUCAGAGUCCAGUCUGUCUUUAGAGUGGAACAUUCCAGUCCUGCAGAACCAGAACCAGAUCCUGGACUACCAGCUCCGCUACAGCCCCAAGGACGGCGAGGAGGCGGGGCAGUGGCAGUACGUGUUGAGCCAGUCUUCUUCGGUGGUGCUGCGGGGGCUGCGGCGGGCGGCUCAGUACCUGGUGCAGGUGCGCGCUCGCUGCCAGGCCGGGUACGGCUCAUUCAGCGCGGCGAGCAGCUUCAGCACGCUGCCGGACGGUGGGGCUCACUCUCAGCUGGCUGUGACCGCCGUCCUCGUCUCCAUGGCGAUCCUGCUGCUCAUCGCCGCCACAACCCUUGCCUUCUUCUGUUACCGGAGGAGGCGGGCCUCAGCAGUGAAUGAUAAGAGUGGACAUUACCAGAUGGGACAGACGAUGAAGGUGUACAUCGACCCGUUCACCUACGAGGACCCAAAUGAGGCAGUGAGAGAGUUUGCCAAAGAGAUCGAGGCGUCCUUCGUCAAGAUCGAGGAGGUGAUCGGAGCAGGUGAGUUUGGCGAGGUGUGCCGCGGCCGGCUGAGGGUCCCAGGGCGGAAGGAGAACUACGUGGCGAUCAAGACACUGAAGGGCGGUUACACAGACAAACAGAGGCGGGACUUCCUGUCCGAGGCAUCAAUCAUGGGCCAGUUCCAGCACCCAAACAUCAUCCACCUGGAGGGAGUGAUCACCACGUCCUGCCCUGUCAUGAUCCUCACCGAGUUCAUGGAGAACGGAGCGCUGGACAGCUUCCUGAGGCUGAAUGACGGGCAGUUCACCACCAUCCAGCUGGUGGGGAUGCUGCGUGGUAUCGCGGCAGGGAUGAAGUAUCUGUCAGACAUGAGCUUCGUCCACAGAGACCUGGCAGCCCGCAACAUCCUGGUCAAUUCCAACCUGGUCUGUAAGGUGUCAGAUUUCGGUCUCAGCAGGUUCCUGACGGAGAACUCAUCUGACCCGACGUACACCAGCUCUCUGGGCGGGAAGAUUCCUAUCCGCUGGACGGCUCCUGAAGCCAUCGCCUACAGGAAGUUCACAUCCGCCAGCGACGCCUGGAGCUACGGCAUAGUCAUGUGGGAAGUGAUGUCAUACGGGGAACGACCAUAUUGGGACAUGAGCAACCAGGACGUGAUAAACGCCAUCGAGCAGGACUACCGUCUGCCGCCUCCUCCGGACUGUCCGUCCUCUCUGCAUGCACUCAUGUUGGACUGCUGGCAGAAGGAACGAGCCAAUCGGCCGAGGUUCUGCGACGUGGUGGCUGCUCUCGAUAGGCUGAUCAGAAACCCCGCCUCCCUGAAGGUCACGCUCGCAGAGGGACGCAGUGUGUCCCAGCCCCUGCUGGACCAGCGUGUCCCCCCGCCCCUGUCCUCCUGCGGCUCUGUCUCUGAGUGGCUGCGGUGGAUAAAGAUGGAGCGCUACGAGCAGAACUUUCUGCAGGAAGGAUUCAGCAGCUUGGAGAUCGUUUCACAGCUCAACACAGAAGACCUGCUCAGAGUGGGCGUGACCCUCGCAGGACACCAGAAGAAAAUCCUCUCCUCCAUUCAGACGCUCAGGACACACAAAACCCCUCCCACUCUGCUCUACUGACCAAUCACAGCCAAGACACAGACCCUGCCCACUGCUCAGGAAAACCAAAGCUCCUCCCACUUCAGCAAACCAAUCAGCAUCCAACCGAGACAGGAGGAGGAUUCUGAUUGGACAGAAUCCUGUUGGAGCUGAACAGAGGACAGAAGCUGCCAGAACAAUAAUAAUUAUAAUUAUUAUAAUUAGAGUAAUAUUAAUAAUAAUCAAAUGACCUAAAAAUAAUAAUACUAAUAACUGUUUUAAUGAGCUUAUUUCUUCAUUUAUGUUAUAUUAAUAUCCCUAUUUAUUUACAUUACAAUUUAUUACUCCCUUUUUAUUAAUUUAAAAUGUAUUUAUUUAUGCUUAAAUGUGUUUAUUUUGUAUGCAUUAUUUAAAUUCUUAAUAAUACAAGAAUGCAAAGAGAAAAUAAUGCAUAGAUAAAUACAUAAAUUAUUUUCAAUAAAUGAAAGGUAAAUGCAAAAAUAAGUAAAUUCAUUUAAAAUUUAAAAAUAAACUGUUAAUUAACAGGGAAGUUAAUAAAGAGAGAAAUUAAUGCAAAGGUAAAUAAAUAAAUAAUAUCAAUUUACAUCUUUAUCAAUUAUUAAUUAAAUUUAUUUGUAUUUUUAUAUUUGCUGCAUUUAAUGGCAUCAAUUUAUUUAGUAAGUUGUUUAUUGACUGAUUUCUUAUUUUGGAAGCUUCUGUCCUCUGUAUGUGCUCGCUGAAGCCCCGCCCACCCCUGGUCCUGGUCCCGGUCCUGGUUCAGGAUCAGGAUUUUCCAGAUUCAGGACUAAACUGUGACUCUGCUGGAUCAGCUGAUGGCCAGAAGACAAACUGCCACGACGACUGCCAAGACUCGUCAGGACGACGAGUCCGAGUCGUCUUAAACUGCCUGGAAUAUUCUGGGAUUUUAACAAACCGUUUUAGGAAUAAGGAGUAUUCCGAACGCUCGUUGUUCUCAUAGAAAUGUGAAUCUUCAGCAUUUCAAGACGUUUUCUGAGAACAAAAGGAACCUCUUAAAGAAAUAUCUACAAACCUUCUCCGGGUUUGAUCCGAAUCAAUGUGAUGGUCUAGGAGACAGACGGUGGACCACACGAGUCCACUGAUGGUGGAUCUGGUUUUAUUGAGUCCAGGUCCUCAGACUUUCAGGAUCUGCAGCUGUUUUUAACCCUUAACGUGAAUUUUGUCCUUUUUAAAUCAAACACUCGUCCCUGGAGACUGCAGUCAGGUCUGGAUCAGGUGGUCCGGUCAGGACCAGGUGGUCCGGUCGGGAUCAGGAUCAGGUGGUCCAGACGGGAUUAGGAUCAGGUGGUCCGGUCCAGAUCAGGAUCAGGUUGUCCAGUUGUAAAGUGUAUUAAAUGUGAUCCGGACACUUUUUAACAUUUCAGUACAGAAACAAACAAACAAAUGUUUAUUUUUAUUGAACUGUUUUAUAUUUUAGCACUUUUUCUACCUGAUAUGUAAUGUUUGAUGUUCGAUCGUGUAAAACAGAGAUCAAUGUUUUUAUAUUUUCAUUUUAUAAAGAAAAAAAAAACUAAAGAACAAAAAUGAUUCGUCUUAUAUUUCAAAAUUGCCUGGGACUUCAGGACCAAAGACCACGUCCCAGAUCCGCCGGACAAGAACCAGAAGAAUCGCAGCAGCAGGAACACUCACCUGGCGACAGCCAAUGGGUUCACAGGUUCCGUUUUGCCCCACCCCCUCGCUCCGGUUCUCUGGCAGCAGAACAGAAAACAGAACCAGAACUAUUCAGGUACCGGAUCAGAUUCUGGACUUGAGUUUUCUCUGAAUAUUUGAUUAAUAAUCACGUUAAAUGAGCCGUAAACAUCCAAAGACUGAAUCAUGACAUCAUCAUGUAAACUCUUUUCCCAUUGAUCCACUGGCCUGUCUGUCACUGUGAGCUGUUGCAUUCUGGGAGAAGUCUUCACAUUGAAGACGCCGUGAUGUCAUCGCAGCUGCGAUCAGCUUCCUGUUACAUGAAAACUUUGAUGUUUGUUUUUUUUAUUGAUAUUUAGGAAAAUGUCUGACAGCCAAUCACAAUAAAGAAUAAAGAGAACC